AUGGUUUUACGACUGGUGAUAGUAGGGGUUAUGCAUGUGGUGGCCGUGGCCGGCGCGCUCACAUACUGUUCGUCGCAGAACACCGGAUCGACCAGUGCGCAGUCGUACCAGUACCAGAGCAACGGGUGGUGCUCGCUCGAGUGUAAGGGCUACGACUACGCGAUCGUGCAGGGCUACGAUUGCUGGUGCUCGGACGACGCGCCGGGCGCGUCCACGGCGGUGUCGGAUUGCGACGAGCCGUGCCCGGGGUACUCGUACGAGGCGUGCGGCAGCGCGGACGCCGCGCUGUUCGGGUACAUCUACCUGGGGACGGGCGCGGCGAGCUCGCUGCCGUCGGAGUCGGCGUCGUCGGCGUCGUCGGCGUCGUCGUCGUCGUCCUCGGCGGCGUCGUCCUCGUCGUCGGCGUCGUCCGCGGGGGCGGCCGCGUCCUCGACCUCCGUGUCGCUUUGGACGGCCGCGUCCUCGCCCGCGUCCUCGUCGCUGUGGGCCUCGUCCGCGGCCUCGUCCGCGGCCUCGUCGUCGGGACCCUCGUCGUCUGCGGCGUCCGCGUCGCCGGCCCCAGCGUCGUCCUCUUCCCCGUCCUCUGCCCCGUCCUCCUCCGCGUCGCCCGCGUCGAGCGCGUUCUCCAGCGCCGCGGCGGCCUCCGCCAGCUCCUCGACGGCAAGCCCCACGCCGUCUUCCACAACCUCGUCCACGCCGUCUUCCACAAGCUCGGCCACGCCGUCUUCCACGAGCACGCCCGCUCCGUCCUCCACAACCUCGUCCUCCACAACGUCGGCCUCCUCCUCGUCUUCUACGAGCUCCACCCCAUCGCCCACCACAUCCUCCGCCCCAUCCUCCACCACCGCUGCUUCGCCCUCCACUAGGCCCGCAACCUCCUCCUACUCCAUCUCCGACCAACUCGUCACCUCCGUCAUCUACUCCGUGCAAACCGUCACCGCGGCGCCCUCCAACUCGGCGGCCACCGCCCAGGCCUUCACCACCCAGGUUGUCACCACCGUUUUCUCGACCCCCACGUCCGUCCCCGCCGUGGGCUCCGCGCGCUCCUCCCACACCUCCUUCUGGCACUCCCCCGGCAAAGUCGCCGGCACUUUCGUCGCCGUCGGCGUCGUCGUGCUCGCGCUCGUGGUCCUCGCCGUCUUCUUCUUCAUGCGCCGUCGUCGCUCCCGCGACGAGGACUUCGAGCGUCGCUACAACGACGUGGUCGCCCCCGUCGCCAGCGCCUCCAGUCUCGACACCCGCUCCUCCUCCUCUCCAAACGGCUUUGUCUACGCAGACGAAAAGGGCAUCCAGGGCCACCCCACCCCGUCCCAAAAGAACGACGCCAGCCGCGUGUCCCAGCUCACAGAAGAUGACUCGUCUGUCCUACAACAGCCCGACGCCCCAGUCGUCGUGGACCAGCGCCUGGACCCAAGACAAAUGAUAAUGACCCAAUGGGAAAACGGAGGAAGCAGGCUUUCCCUCGCAGACGACGUGGACUACUCGCGCAAAGUUCUACGUGUGAUAAACGAAUGA